AUGGAGAUCAUCUCCUCCGGUUUCCAUCUCGCCGACGGCAAUGGUUACAUGCUCGACAAAGGUUAUGCUGCCAGAUGUCGCCUGAACCUCCAGUUCUAUUUCUGGAAGAACUCGUUGACUUUCAACCUACACCCAUCUAUCCCCAUCCCACAUACCCAAGCCUCGUCGCCACUGAGAAUUGCGGACCUCGCCUGCGGCACAGGCAUCUGGCUCCUUGAUCUCGCCUGUGAAUUACCGGAACCAGCUGUCCUCGAUGGCUUCGACAUUGAUCUCUCCAAAGCCCCACCGGCUCAGUGGCUGCCAGACAAUGUCACCGUGCACAGCUGGGACAUCCUCAGUCCCGUUCCGGAACAUCUUGUCGGAAGAUACGAUAUCGUCCACCUCCGGCUUCUGAUCCUAGUGGUAGAGCACAGUGAUCCGGUCCCCAUUAUCCAGAAUGCGUACCGCAUGCUCAAACCCGGCGGGUACAUCCAGUGGGAUGAUCUCAACUACCCCGAUACACAUAUCAUCAAGGCAAAUGCAGACAUAGACACCCCGGCAUUUGAUCGGCUGCUUCAUUUUGUCCGCUCAACUGGAAGACAUGAUUGGGUGCUGAGCUUACCCGGUAUCCUGGAACGCAAUGGCUUUACAGAUGCCCGUCUGGAUCAUUUCCGGGAUCGCACGGAGCUGGCCAUGGCGAAUGGGGACCAACGUCUGAUGACCAUGGAGGAGUUUGCCGGGUCCUUGCAGCGGAAGGGGAUGCUGGAGGAAGCGAGGAAUAUACAUCAAUUGAUUGCAGAUUGCUGUCAGGAGGCGUCUCAAGGAGUGGCCCUUUCCAUGCCCAGUGUGGUGUGCGUAGCCAGAAAAAGUCCAUAG